CUGCGCGGCUCCUGCAUCGUCGACGAGUCGAUGCUCACCGGCGAGUCCGUGCCGCAGAUGAAGGAGCCCCUGGAGACGGUCACCGAGCGCCGCCCCUUCAACAUCGACACCGACGGCAACCUGCACCUGCUCUACGGCGGGACGAAGGUGCUCCAGCACAGCACCCCUCCGAAAAGUGCCACCGCCAUCAAGGGCACCGACAGCGGCUGCGUCUGCUACGUCCUCCGCACCAGCUUCAACACCAGCCAGGGCAAGCUGCUGCGCACCAUCCUCUACGGAGUGCAGCGAGUCACCGCGAACAACCUCGAGACCUUUGCCUUCAUUCUCUUUCUGCUGAUCUUCGCCAUCGCCGCGGCCGCGUACGUCUGGAUCCGCGGGUCGGCCAAUCCGAAGCGGAAUCGCUACAAGCUGAUGCUCGAGUGUGCGCUCAUUCUCACCUCGGUGGUGCCGCCGGAGCUGCCGAUUGAGCUCUCGCUGGCGGUCAACUCCUCGCUCAACUCGCUCAUUAGGCUGUACAUCUUCUGCACCGAACCCUUUCGCAUUCCCUUCGCCGGCAAGGUGGACAUCUGCUGCUUCGACAAGACGGGCACGCUGACCAGCAACAACCUCGUCGUGGAAGGCGUCGCCGGCCUGAACCCUGACAAGAGCGGCGAGAUUGUGCCCGCCUCGGAGGCGCCCGCCGAGACGAUUCAGGUGCUGGCCAGCUGCAACUCGCUCGUCCAACUGGAAGACGGUUUGGUGGGCGACCCGCUGGAGAAGGCCACCCUGGCGGCGAUUGACUGGACGCUGACGAAGGGCGACGCAGUGGUGCCGAAGAAGGGCAGGAUUCCCGGCAUGAAGAUCUUUCACCGGAACCACUUCUCCAGCCACCUGAAGCGCAUGUCGGUGAUUGCUGGCUACAAUGCCCAGGCGGGCGGUGGAGCGGCCGGCGAGACGACCUACAUCGCCUCGGUGAAGGGCGCCCCCGAGGUGCUGAAGCCGAUGUUCACCCGGCUGCCGGCCAACUAUGAGCAGGUGUACCUGGAGAUGUCUCGGCGAGGAACUCGGGUUCUUGCCCUCGGCCGGAAGAGCCUCGGCUCGCUGAGUAAGCCGAUUCGCGAGUACGCCCGUGAGGACCUCGAGAAGGGCCUCGACUUUGCCGGCUUCCUCAUCAUCAGCUGUCCGCUGAAGCCUGACUCGCGGGUGGUGAUGAAGGAGCUAGUGGGCUCUUCUCACUACGUCACCAUGAUCACCGGUGAUGCGCCGCUGACGGCGUGUCACGUCGCGAAGGAGCUGCACUUUACCGCGAAGAAGGACACGCUCAUUCUCAGGGCGACGGCUGCAAACGAUGUGAAGAAUGGCGACUCGUCAAUGUCAAUGCAGUGGAUCUCCAUUGACGAGUCGCUGAAGUUAGAUCUGAAGGGAGCGAAGGGCGGCUUCAAAUCGGUGAGGGCCUUCUUCGCCGCCUACGACCUUUGCGUCACCGGGGAUGCGCUAAAUGCGCUGCUCGACCACUACACCGACUAUGUGCCGGUGCUACUGCCGCAUGUGCGCGUCUUUGCCCGCAUUGCUCCCAAGCAGAAGGAGUUCAUCAUCACCUCCUUGAGGGCGCUCGGCUUUCACACGCUAAUGUGCGGCGACGGGACGAAUGACGUCGGUGCGCUGAAGCACGCCCACGUCGGCGUCGCCCUCAUCUCGCACAGUCAUCCGCCGCAGGGGGCGGCGUCGGCGGCUAAAGACUCGACAGCUAACGACAGUGCUGCUGCUGCAACGGCGAAUAAUCCAGCCUUGAAUCGGCACCAGCAGCGCAUCAACAACGCCCAGGAGCGCAUGCAGAAGAUGCUGGCGGAGCUGGAGGAGCAGGAGAAGGCGGCCAUUGUGAAGCUGGGCGAUGCCAGCAUUGCCGCCCCCUUCACCUCAAAGCUCUCCUCCAUUCAGUGCAUUCUGCACAUCAUCCGCCAGGGCCGCUGUACGCUGGUGACGACGCUGCAGAUGUUCAAGAUUCUGGCGCUGAAUGCGCUCAUUCUCGCCUACUGCCAGUCGGUGCUCUACCUCGAUGGCAUCAAGUUCAGCGACGGCCAGGCCACCCUGCAAGGCCUCUUUCUCACCUUUUGCUUUCUCUUUAUCACUCGAUCCAAGCCACUGGAAGUUCUCUCCCCUCGCCGCCCACUGCCGAACAUUUUCAACUUCUACACCAUUCUGACGGUGCUGCUGCAGUUUGCCGUGCACUUCUGCACGCUGCUGUACCUAGUCCAGGGGGCGGUGGCCCUUUCCCCGCCGCGGGAGGAGUUUCCCGACCUGGAGUCGGAGUUUAAGCCCUCACUGCUCAACAGUACCGUCUACGUCAUCUCCAUUGCACUGCAGGUGUCCACCUUUGCGGUCAAUUACAAGGGCCACCCGUUCAUGUGCAGCCUCUGGGAGAACAAGCCCCUGAUGUACAGUAUCGUCGGCUCCUUUGGGCUGAUUGUCGUCCUCGUCACCGGUGCAAUGCCCGAGUUCUCCGAGCAGUUCUCUAUUGUCGAGUUUCCCGAAGAGUUUCAACUAACAGUAAUCUCGGUGCUCUUCGCCGACCUUACCACAGCUGUGAUCAUCGACCGAAUUUGCGAGUUUAUCUUUGGUCGAUCCAGUCUCAAGUCCAUCUAA